GGGACGGACUGCCCCUUCUCUGGUGUCGCCGCUGCCUCUCUGGUGUCACAGCUCAUCCUCGCUGUGCAAGCUGCUUGGAGAUCCCCAGGUGCAGGGAUCUACUCUCUCUCUGGCCCCACACAUGGGGGACGAUCCGUCCUUGGCAUCACCCAGGAAACAGAGCCGCUGGUCCCAGGAGAGGAUUUGACCAGGAGGGUCCUCUUCCUCUUGCCAUAAGUCAAAUAUUGCCCCAAAAGAGCCCUGGGGACACUGUCCUCCCACCAGCACAUGGCACGGGGACCCUGGCUCCUCUGCUGCCUGCUGGACAUUUUGGGGUACUUGUAUUUAUAUUGAAUGAUGGGUAUGUGUUUUGUCCACUGGGUAGCAGAGGGGUAUGGGACACAGGGGCUGGGAAAAGGCUCAGGGUCCAGCCCCGAGAGCGCCCCCCUCAGGCAGCCCCCACGGGCCGGGGCUGCAGCCCGAGCCCCGGCAUCCCCCACCCUCAGCACCGGCGGGAGCGGAGCCGCCGGUUGCCGAUCCCGGCAAGCCGGCACCCGUCGCGGCGAGAGCUGAGUCACCGGUGGGAGAGCGAGGGGCCGGCGCAGCGGCAGCGGGAGGUUGCUCCGGUGCUUCACCCUCGGCGCUGGCCCAGCUGGGCUCCCGGGACACCUCCAGAACGCCUGCGUUUCUCCUCGCGCCUCUCGUUACCCGCGGCUCGGCCCCCGCUUCCUUGGCCGGGUUGGGGGCUUUUCCGCCCUGGCCCCUGGAGCCUGGUGGCCCGGGCGGGGCAGCAGGAAAACCCUCUGCACCCACUUUGGGCUCAGAGCACGACGAGCCCCCGGCCGCCGCCAGCGGGGAGCUGCGCAUCCACGGCAAGGGCAAGAAGCUGCGCAAGCCGCGCACCAUCUACUCCAGCCUGCAGCUGCAGGCGCUCAACCAGCGCUUCCAGCAGACCCAGUACCUGGCGCUGCCGGAGCGCGCGGAGCUGGCGGCCCAGCUGGGGCUCACCCAGACCCAGGUCAAGAUCUGGUUCCAGAACAAGCGUUCCAAGUACAAGAAGAUCAUGAAGCAGAGCUCGAGCGCGCCUGACGGGGACCCCCUGCACCCCACCGCCCUCUCCCCCUGCUCGCCCAGCGUCCCCCCGCUCUGGGACAUCCCCAUGCCAGGUAAAGGGCCCCCCCUGGCCCCCAGCAGCUACAUCAACAGCUUCAGUGCCUGGUACCAGCCGCAUCCGCAGGACAGCGUCCCCCGCGCCCCCAUGAUGUGACACGGCCGCGGCUCCAGUGCCCACCAGCUCCAGGAAGGACGGUGAGGGGGACGGUCUGUGCCACCCCCGAGGGGCCAGGGAGCCCAGCAGAGCCCUGGGGGACGCCAGCGAAUGGAGAAGGAGGAAGAGGAGGAGGAAGGUGGCCGUGCUCCGCAGGGACCUGGACAUCGCCCGCUCCAUCGCGGAGCGAAUCGGCUCCAGCACGUCGCCCGUGCGCCCAUCCCGUGGGACGGGACGCGGCCUCCGGCCAUGGACAUGGGGCAGGGGGGACCCUGGGGGACUGGGGCGUCCCCAGACCCCCCAGCCUGGUUUUAUUUAUAAAUACCGUCCGUGAUUGUAUGUGCCCCCCCCUUUAUAAAUAGGCUGUACACUUGUAA